GGGAAAAAAGGUUGAAGUUGCACACAAUCUGAUUUUUUCUACUAAAAUUUUCUCCAUCUUUUUUUUCUUUUUUGAAAACUCAAAUUGAAAAACAGUUUCCAAGCUUUUUUCUCACAUUUAGCUUUUGAAGAUGAGCAAGGGAUCGCAUUCAAAAGAAGAGGCAACAAGUGAUAACGCCAAGAUUUAUGUCAAAGAAAUAAAGGCUGCGUUUAAAGAUGAGAAGCACAAGUUCAACGAGUUUUUAAAAGCUAUGAAAGAUUUCAAGAAAAAAAGAAUUAGCGUAGCACGUAUGCUUACAAGAGUGAAGAAAUUGUUUGAAGGGCAUCGAGAAUUGUUAUUGAAAUUCAAUACAUAUUUGCCAGAGGAAUUUGAGAUUACACCUCCAUCAGAGAAGCCACUAGUGGAUAUAGAAUAUGCUAGAAAAUAUUUGGACAAGGUGAAGACUCGAUUUCAAGAUGAUCCUGACGUUUACCAAUCGUUUGUAGCUAUACUGAUUAUGUAUAGACACAAAGAAAAGAGUAGUGAGGAGAUUGCACAAAUGAUUUUUUCACUUUUUGAAGACCAAUAUGAUCUCGUUGAUGGGUUUAUGGAAUUUCUUCCAUGAUGUAGCUUGUGAUGAGUUAAUAAAUACUUAUGGUAUGAUUAUAGAGAGAAUUUUGUUAUUUUAAAUUUUUUUUAAUGUGUUGUAAUUUCUGACUUCAAAUAAACUACCGUUU